CAGAACUGUCUGUUGUUCGCACUCGCCUCAGAGCGCCUGUGUGUGUGACAGAGAGGACUGCUCUGAUUUCAUGCUGUUGUGUGUGUGGAGCCUCCUUUUCUGGGAUUUGGAGAACAAUUAAUUGGGCCAAAACAGAGCGCAUGAAGGAUGAGAAGAUGAAUGUGGAUGCUCUAAGCAGAGCAGAGCUGCUGACUCUCCUCAGCGUCCUGGAGGGAGAGUUGGAGGCCCAGGAUGUGGUCAUACAUGCCCUCAGGGCUCAGCACAGAGACGCUUUCGUCCAGGAGCGUUACGGCCAGUAUGACCUCAGCGAUCCGUUCCUGGCCCUGCAGCGGGACAGCGAGUCCUCGGAUCGCCAGAACACGCUUGCAGACCCUGACGCGCACCUGCAGGGCCGGGCGGUGGGCCCCAACCCUCUGGCUGUGCUUAAACUGGUCAUGGCUCACUGCAAGAGGAUGCAGGAGAGGAUGAUGGGACAGCUGGCUGCUGCGGAGAGCAGACACAGGAGGAUGAUAGCUGAUAUGGAGGAGGAGAAACGACGGCGUGCCCAGGAGUCUGCGCAGAAAGAUGAUUUCACCCUCAGGCUGCAGACAGAAAGAGACAAACUGCUGCAACAGCUGGAAGCGGAGCGUACAACAGUGCGGAGGCUAGAGAAGGAACAGUCCCAGGCAGUGAGCCAGGUGGAGGAGUCGCUGUCCCAGCAGCAGCAGCUCUCCUCAUCCCUGACUCUGGAGCUCCAGAGAGCCAGCAGCCAGGCACAGGAGGAGGCUCAGAAGGUCUCCCAGCUUCGCACCUUGCUCCAAGAGGAGACCGGCGCCCUGGAGAAGCUCCGGGGGGUUCUGGAAGACGAGAAGAGCAGGGUGGCCCAGCUGGAGGCCAGGUCCGAGAGGCAGCUGGCUGAGUUCGACACAGAGCGAGAGCAGAUGAAAGCCAGGAUCGGUAAAGAGGAGGAGAGGAGUAGCGAGCUCGAGAGGCAGCUGGAGGAGCUGAGGAAGAGGCUGGUUGGAACCGGAGGGGGUAAAGAAGAAGGAGCAAAGGAGGCUGUGACAGAGGUGAAAGAAUCACUAGUGUCCACCUCUGUUCAGACUGAGCCGGAUGGAAAGAUAACUCCUAAAUCCUCCUCGCUGUCAAAGGUCAACGGCCAUCACGCUCAUAAAGAGACAGAAUCAGCACAGGAGGGGAGAGGACCAGACAAUGGUGGGGUGGUAGAGAACGGGGGAGGAGCACUUUUGCAUUCCCCUCUUCACCCUCAUCCUCACCCUCACCCUCACUCUCCCUCCAGCACGGCCUCCUCUUCCCUCUCCUCCUCCCCCAUUUCCUCCCCCGUUCUCGCCAAGCGUCUGGGCAGCCCGGGCUUCCAUCAGUCCUCCUACCAAGCUGGCGUCAACCAGCGAUUCCAUGCCGCCAGGCACAAGUUCCAGAGCCAGGCAGAGCUGGAGCAGCAGCAGCACGGUGGGCCCCUCUCCCCCAGGGACCUCUCCCCCACCACCUCCUCCUCCAUCCCUCCCCCACUAGAGCACAGCUCAGCUAAGCAGCUGGCCCGCAACACCGUCACUCAGGUGCUGUCCCGUUUCACCAGCCAGCAGGCCGGCGUCAAGCUGACGCCGAUCAGCAGCUCUCCGUUUGGUACGGACUACCGCAAUCUGGCAGCGACUCCUCCCGGGGCGAGGUCACCUUCUUCGGGGCCUCUGUCUCCUGGCAUCCGCUCCCCCCUCACUCCUCGCUCGGAGAAGACACAUCCUCCUCCGAUCCCUCCCAAGAAGCCGGGCAUGAGUCCAACUCCAGGCUCGCCGAGUCACUCUGCUCGGACAAGCCUCUUCCCGGAGCUGACGGGGAACUGUGGACACAGCAGCGGCGGGCAGGAAGGAACCAAGGAGCCAGACCUGCUUUUAUCUUCCAGCAGCUAACGGCGAACUAACUUUUUUAAAUGAGUCAGGCCCUAAAUCAACAGUUACUGUAAUAUUUGUCUUUGCCAGCCCCUUUAAUCCACUUCAUAGCACUCCUAAUCAGUAGUAUAGUCACUUCAAACAGUCUGGACUGGUUCCAACAUGAUGUGUUGCACCCCUACCUCUAUACCACAACCUGAGAAACAGUCGGAAAAGAACUAUUUGAAAUCAAAUAUAGUAUAUUAUGAUUUUUUUUUUUUUAAAUCUGAUUUAAUAUUUCUAUUAACAUUCCUGUCUUUAUUCAUUUGUAUAGAUUUGUUUUGUAAGUUUGAAGUUUUAGAAUGAAAGUAUAACCUGUUAUUUUCCACUUUAACUCUAUAUUAAGGGUGUUUAGACAUCAUAUGUAUAAAGAGGAAAAAGACCUGUUUGGUUUUGAAGAAAGAAAUGUUAAUGAUAUUUCAUAGCACAACACUCCUUUUCUUUUCCCUUUAAAGGAAUACUUCGCCUAGAAAAAUGACCAUUCGUAUUAGGGCUGCACAAUUAAUCGAAAUUUUAUCGAAAUCACACAAUGGCCAAUUAUCAAAUCGCAGGAGGGGCAAUAUUUGUUAAAGGCGAAGUGUGUGCCUAUACAGCAUAUUCUACAGAUUGAAGAAAACAUCUUUGUUCGGUACAGAUCCCCUCAAAAAAAUCACACCUUAAUCAUUUUAAUAUGUUUUUCAAUGUAAAUGAGAAUAACAAUGUAAAAAUUAUUAUUCCCCCUAAUAUUGCAAAUCUAUCGCAAUUGCAAAAUCAGUCAAAGUAAUUGCAAUUAGAUAUUUUUCUCUAUAAUCGUGCAGCCCUAAUUCAUAUAGAGUGCUACAGGAAUGAGUCCUAAAACCCAGAAAUGAGUCAGCAUUUGAGCACUUCCGGUUCUCUUGUCUGGAAGUCAGUGGGUUUUUUGAAUGGGUUUUUAGUUAGAUGCCUGAAAUAAGGUCUGUGGUUGGUUGAAGAGAUUUUAUCGUUUUAUUCUAUGACAUAAAAUACAUCAGUAAAUAUCCCACUUGUGAAUUGUGAAGCCUUUACGUGUCUUAACCUGGCCUCCAUUUACUUCAAUUUAUCAAGGAUUUACUACGUCUUCGGCUCCUCCGUUCACCGUGGAGACAAACAAAGUUGUCUUCAAGAAGUCAAGGUAACACGUGGUGAGUAAUGGAUAUAUGAAUGGUCACUUUGUGGGUGAAGUAUUCCUUAUGCUCAAAUUGCCAGUCCUGUUAGAUUAAAAAAAGAAGACUUUAGUCAGAUGCAACACUGUAUAGCUAAAUUAAAAGGCUAAUAUGGAUGUAACUGUUAAGUAUAGCAAAUGUGUAGCUAUCACUAUUUCAAUAAACUAGUUAGUAGUUUUUAAAUGUUUUUUUUUUUUUACAUGAAUACUUAUGCAGGUCCUGUUAAAAUGCUCCAUGAAAACACUAUUAUACUGUAAAUAGUUUAAAUAAUUCACAGUUGAUUCUCUAUGAAUGACAUGCAUGUGCUGUUUUUUUCUAUUACACUUGUCAUGAAUACACUGAAUUUUGUCUCGAAAAGAGAGAGCACACUUUGUACUGCAUUACUGUAUGAUACUGUAUACAUGUUCUUUUUCCUUUUUUAAUUCAGGGAAGGUUAAUUGAUGAAUUGAAUUAAAGUAAAUUCAUAU